CGCGGGCUUCUGACGUCACGGCGCCACCAUGGCUGCCUGCACGCAGCUGCCGCCCGAGAUCCAGCUGGCCCAACGCCUGGCGGGCAACGAGCAGGUGACCCGGGACCGGGCGGUGCGGCGACUGCGGAAGUUCAUCGUCGCCAAGACCGAGCAGAACGCAGGUGGCUUCACACACGACGAGCUGCUGAAGGUGUGGAAAGGGCUGUUUUACUGCAUGUGGAUGCAGGACAAGCCACUCCUGCAGGAGGACCUGGGGAAAACCAUCUCGCAGCUCCUCCAUGCCUUCCAGACCACAGAGGCACAGCACCUGUUCCUGAGGACCUUCUGGCAGACCAUGAUCCGCGAGUGGGUCGGGAUCGACCGUUUGCGCCUGGACAAGUUCUACCUGCUCAUGAGGAUGGUCCUGCACGAGUCCCUGAAGGCGCUGCAGAUGCAGGGCUGGGAGAAGAGGCCCAGGGAGCAGCUGCUAGAGCUUCUCACUGCCGAGAUCCUGCACCCCGACAGCCAGGCCCCCAGCGGGGUCAAGAGCCACUUCCUCGACAUCUUCCUGGAGGAGCUGACCAAAGUGGGCGCCGAUGAGCUGACGGCCGAGCAGAACCUCAGCUUCAUCGAGCCCUUCUGCAGGAUGGCGGCCCAGACUGGCGAUCCUGUGGUCCUCCACCACGUUACCUGCGGCAUCUUGGAGCCCAUCAUAGAGCAGGCCCCUCUGGCCAUCGAGGCACUGAUGGACGAACUGGACCCGCAGGAGGGUGUGGACAAGGGCUCAGAGCAGGAGUGGUCUACAGAUGGGGCAGAACCUGACUCAGAGGAGGAGGAGGAUGAAGAGGAAGAGGACACAGAGGAGGACGAUGGCGAUGAGGACGACACUGAGGCCGUCCUGCAGUUCGACUACGAGGCCGUCGCCAACAGACUCUUCGAGAUGGCCAGCUCCCCAAGCACCCCCUCCCACAACAGGAAGCGGCUCUACAAGGUGGUCCGCAGGCUGCAGAACCUGGCGGAAGGCCUCUUCCCAGAGGAUGACGUUCCCGAGAAAGUGUAUGAGAAGCUGCAGGCCGGCAGGCGGCCACGGAAGGCCAGGAGGAAACGGCCCAAGGCCCGGCCAUCCCGGGACUCCGGGGACCCUGAGAUGCAGGAGCCUCGCCCCGAGCAGCCUAGCGGCCCUGGCAGAAAGGGGGCUCAUAAGAAGUGCCGGAGGCCUCGGCCGCUCAGGAAGAAAGCAAAGGCAGGGGGACAGGAGCCCCCGAGGAAGAAGAGUCGGCGGGGCCGGAAGUGACGUUGCCGGGCCAGCCCCAGCGGCCCCAUUCCUGAACUCUGGGUGUGUGUGGAAGGCAGAGGACAGGGCUGAGUGGCCAUGUCCUCCUGGUCACACCAUCGCCUGCCCUGGACUGCACAUGCUGACUGCGGGCGGGUAGCCAGGGUGGCGUGGAAUAAAG